UCAAUGCAUAUGUGGAUGUGGUCCUCUCAGGGGUGAAGCUCUUGCAGGCACUUGGCCUGAAUCCUGGGGAUGGGAAAGAUCACUCCAUCCUGCAUUCAAGGAAUGAUCUGGAAGAAGCCUUCACUCACUUCAUGGUGAAGGGAGCAGCUGCAGAGCGCUUCUUCAGCGAUAAGGAAACUUUCCAUGACAUUGCCCAGGUUGCGUCCAACUUCCCAGGAGCCCAGCACUAUGUAGGAGGAAAUGCAGCUUUAACUGGACAGAAAUUUGCAGCCAACUCAGAUUUAAAGGUUCUUCUUUGUGGUCCAGUUGGUCCAAAACUGCAUGAACUUCUUGAUGACAAUGUAUUUGUUCCACCAGAGUCACUUCAGGAAGUGGAUGAGUUCCACCUCAUUUUAGAGUAUCAAGCAGGGGAGAAGUGGGGCCAAUUAAAAGCUCCCCAUGCCAACCGAUUCAUCUUCUCCCACGACCUCUCCAACGGGGCCAUGAAUAUGCUGGAGGUGUUUGUGUUUAGCCUAGAGGAGUUUCAGCCAGAUCUGGUGGUGCUCUCUGAAUUGCACAUGAUGGAGGGACAAAGCAAGGAGCAACAGAGGAAGAGACUCUUGGAGGUUGUGACCUCCAUUUCUGACAUCCCUGUUGGUAUUCCAGUUCACCUAGAGCUGGCCAGUAUGACCAAUAGGGAGCUCAUGAGCAGCAUUGUGCACCAGGUCUUUCACACAGUGACUUCCCUUGGGCUGAAUGAACAGGAGCUGUUAUUUCUCAGCCAGUCGGCAGCUGGACCUCACUCUUCUCUCUCUUCUUGGAACGGUGUUCUUGAUGUGGGCAUGGUCAGUGACAUCCUAUUUUGGAUCUUGAAGGAACAUGGGAAGAGUAAAAGCAAAGCCUCAGACCUCACCAGGAUCCAUUUCCACACACUGGUCUACCACAUCCUGGCAACUGUGGAUGGACACCGGGCGAAUCAGCUGGCAGCUGUGGCUGCAGGAGCUCAUGUGGCUGGGACACAGGCCUGUGCAACAGAAACCAUAGACACCAGCCAAGUGUCUCUGAGGGCACCGCACGAGUUCCUGACUUCCCGUUCGGAGGCAGGCUCCAGGAUCAUAUUCAACCCUGAUGAGCCAGUGGUAGAAUGGCACCGGGAGGGGGUGUCCUUCCACUUCACACCUGUAUUAGUGUGUAAAGAUCCUAUUUGAACUGUGGGCCUUGGAGAUGCCAUUUCAGCUGAAGGCCUCUUCUAUUCAGAAGUACAUUCUCACUAUUAGGAAGGUUGUUGUGGAUAAUUUUUCUGAAGAGGGAGAACUAGCCAAUUUAAGAAUUAUAGGAAUUAAUUGGU